AUGUCUACAUCUCUGACUAUAGAGCAUGCCCGAAAAGGGCCGAGCAAAUCUAGAAGACGGAAGAAAAGAAGAACUGAAGAUAUCUCAUCCUCUUCCUCAUCGUCCUCAUCUGAAGAUGAGGAAGAAAUACAACCCAACUCCGAUAGCCCCAAUGAAGUUAAAACUCCCCAAUCGGACCUCAAGCCACGUGCCGACCCCGAUAUCGCUGCAUUGGACGAACUUCAAACCGCCAUUCAAGCCCGUUUGAAACAGGUACCCUUCACUGACCAAAACGCCAAAGCCUCUAGAACAGACCCAACCAUCCAGGCGCAGGAGGAUCUAGUCACAAAGCAUUCCAAAGAACGUGACGAGCUUGAUAAGAAGUUUUUGCAACUCAUGGCCCAGCGGUUUGGUGAUGAUUUAGAUGAAGCUAGAAAAAAGCCCGAUUUUAAUGCCGACUCAUUGGUGAUAAUGGCACAAACCCUUCAAUCAGGAAGCAAUAUUUUUGAUAGUGAUGAGAUUCAUGAGUUGAUGCAUGAAGGUUCGAGCAGUGCCGGUGAUUAA